AUGAAGCACACACCUAAAGUUAAACGAGAUUUUUGGACAAUUUGUAACAAAAUUCGAGAAGUAGUGAAUUUCAUCAAAUUUAAUUUUUGGGAAUAUUAUUUAAUAUAUGAUAUAAGAAAAACUGGAUUUGUAACGUGUAUCAUAUUCGAAAAUUCAUUGUCUGGACCAUUAAAAUCUAUCAUUAAGUUGAAUGACGAAGAAAUACAAUUUUUAGUCAGCUAUUUUCAAAAUUUCAAUGGACAAGUGCCAUAUGGAAAAUUUUGUGAAAUUAUACAUAAUGACCUACCCAAGACAAAUGAAGAUGAAUUGAACUGGAUGGAAAAAAAUAACCUACAAUUGUUCUCUAAUGAAGUGAUCAUAAAAGACAAAAUUAAAGAAACUAGUACAAGAUCAUACAGUAAUAAAGAUGUUAAUCAUCCAGUAAUAACAAAUAAAACACAUGUAAAGGAUAAUGUAUUAAUAAUAAUAAAAAACCUUCAAAAUUACGUUUUUGCAAAUCGAAUAGAUAUUGGCCAAUUUUUUAAAGCUUUUGAUCCUYAUGGAAAAGGACAUAUAACUGUAACACAAUUUCGCAGGUGUCUAGACAURAUCGGAGUUAGUUCAUUACGCUUAAUGUAUUAUCCUGAGGCAGAAUUAUCUGUAUUGUUACUAAUGUAUACAGAUAAACAAUGUCCAGAAAGAAUUAAAUGGAAACAAUUUGAAGAUGAAAUAAAUACUGGUACAUAA